AGGCCUGGCGAAGUGGCGGCAGGAUACAAUCGAGUUUCUGCAGUCGCUAUAAGAAGCUCCCUGUGAACGGCGCCAUUUUAAGUCUCUCUCGCAUACCCUCGCAGUCGGUUUAGCUAUAGUGGCCGCGGCGGACGGCGAGAACCGGGUCUGAAGUGGAACAGACCACAGUUCUGGGAAUAUAUUAAAAAGAUGGCAACUCAAGCAGCUGAUUUAAUGGAGUUGGAUAUGGCAAUGGAGCCAGACAGAAAAGCAGCCGUCAGUCAUUGGCAGCAACAGUCAUACCUAGAUUCUGGUAUCCACUCUGGUGCCACAACCACAGCUCCCUCUCUGAGUGGCAAGGGAAAUCCUGAAGAGGAAGAUGUUGAUACCACUCAAGUUCUAUAUGAAUGGGAACAGGGAUUCUCUCAGUCUUUCACUCAAGAUCAGGUAGCUGAUAUUGAUGGACAAUAUGCUAUGACCCGAGCACAGAGAGUACGUGCUGCCAUGUUCCCAGAAACAUUGGAUGAAGGCAUGCAAAUCCCAUCAACACAGUUUGAUGCUGCACAUCCAACAAAUGUACAACGACUUGCUGAACCUUCCCAGAUGUUAAAACAUGCUGUGGUUAAUUUGAUAAACUACCAAGAUGAUGCAGAGCUAGCAACUCGUGCCAUCCCAGAAUUAACCAAAUUGUUAAAUGAUGAGGACCAGGUUGUGGUGAACAAAGCAGCAGUUAUGGUCCACCAGUUGUCCAAAAAAGAAGCUUCUCGUCAUGCUAUCAUGCGUUCUCCUCAAAUGGUUUCUGCCAUUGUGCGUACUAUGCAGAAUACAAAUGAUGUAGAAACAGCCCGUUGUACUGCAGGUACACUACAUAACCUAUCUCAUCAUCGUGAAGGCUUACUGGCAAUCUUCAAAUCAGGAGGUAUUCCUGCUCUGGUUAAAAUGCUCGGGUCUCCAGUGGAUUCUGUGCUUUUCUAUGCGAUUACUACUCUGCACAAUCUUCUGUUGCAUCAAGAAGGUGCUAAAAUGGCUGUCCGUCUAGCUGGAGGUUUACAAAAAAUGGUUGCCUUACUCAACAAAACAAAUGUUAAGUUUCUGGCAAUUACAACAGAUUGUCUUCAGAUUCUUGCAUAUGGUAAUCAAGAAAGCAAGUUAAUUAUUUUGGCAAGUGGUGGACCCCAGGCUCUAGUAAACAUAAUGAGGACCUAUACCUAUGAGAAAUUAUUGUGGACCACAAGUAGAGUCCUGAAAGUGCUAUCAGUCUGUUCUAGUAACAAACCUGCAAUUGUGGAAGCUGGUGGAAUGCAAGCCUUGGGACUCCAUCUUACAGAUCCAAGCCAGCGUCUUGUUCAGAAUUGUCUUUGGACUCUUAGAAAUCUCUCAGAUGCUGCAACUAAGCAGGAAGGCAUGGAAGGUCUUUUGGGAACACUUGUGCAGCUUUUAGGAUCAGAUGAUAUCAAUGUUGUGACUUGUGCUGCUGGCAUCCUUUCUAAUCUUACUUGCAAUAACUACAAGAAUAAAAUGAUGGUGUGCCAAGUUGGUGGAAUUGAAGCCCUUGUACGCACAGUUCUCCGUGCUGGUGACAGGGAGGAUAUUACUGAGCCAGCUAUCUGUGCCCUCCGCCACCUCACCAGUCGGCAUCAGGAAGCUGAAAUGGCCCAAAAUGCAGUGCGCCUUCAUUAUGGUCUACCAGUAGUGGUUAAACUCUUGCAUCCACCUUCCCACUGGCCUCUUAUAAAGGCAACUGUUGGUUUGAUUCGUAAUCUUGCUCUCUGCCCAGCAAAUCAUGCUCCGUUGCGUGAACAAGGGGCAAUACCAAGAUUAGUGCAACUACUAGUUAGAGCACAUCAAGAUACUCAACGUCGAACUUCAAUGGGUGGUACACAGCAGCAGUUUGUGGAGGGUGUGCGUAUGGAGGAAAUAGUUGAGGGCUGCACUGGAGCUCUUCAUAUCCUAGCUAGAGACGUCCACAAUCGGAUUGUAAUUAGGGGUCUAAACACCAUUCCACUCUUUGUGCAGUUGCUAUAUUCCCCGAUUGAGAACAUCCAGAGAGUAGCUGCAGGUGUACUAUGUGAAUUGGCUCAAGAUAAAGAAGCUGCUGAGGCAAUUGAAGCAGAGGGAGCUACAGCACCAUUAACAGAACUACUACAUUCUAGAAACGAGGGUGUGGCAACAUAUGCAGCUGCGGUCUUAUUCAGAAUGUCUGAAGAUAAACCACAAGAUUAUAAGAAACGUCUGUCAGUGGAACUGACCAGUUCUCUUUUUAGGACUGAACCAAUGGCUUGGAAUGAGAGUGCUGAUUUGGGCCUUGACAUUGGUGCUCAAGGAGAACCUCUUGGCUAUCGCCCAGAUGAUCCUAGCUAUCGUUCUUUCCACUCUGGAGGAUAUGGUCAGGAUACCUUGGGUAUCGACCCAAUGAUGGAACAUGAAAUGGGUGGCCAUCACCCUGGUGCUGACUACCCAGUUGAUGGACUACCAGAUCUAGGACAUGCCCAGGACCUUAUGGAUGGGCUCCCUCCAGGUGACAGUAAUCAAUUGGCCUGGUUCGAUACUGAUCUGUAAAUCAUUCUUUUAGAUGGUGCCAAUAAAAAUUGAAAAGACAUACUUUCAUCAUCUGAAUAAAAUAAUGAGGAAAUUUAUAUGGCAAGGGAAAAAAACAAGAAUAAAUUUGAAAAUGCUACAAGACACCAGGUUGGGAGGGGGAUUUGGUUUACCAAAUUGAGAAUUAUAUUAGCAAGCAGCAACAUUGACAUGGCUGAAAGAAUGGGAUUGAACUAAGAAACAUAAGGCUGUUAACACUGGAAGGGCAUGAUUUCUAACUGAGUUGGCAUGCUUUUUUUGGUAUAGUAGAAAUAAGAUACAUACAUACUUUCAUAGACAUUAUAUAUGAAAUGCAUUGCUAAUGGUUUGGGAGAAGGUUAGAGAUAAAUACUAUGAAAAUACCAAUAUGGUUAUCAACGAUGGAAGCUUUAAUACACCCAAAUGUUUUUAAUUUUGGAAAUAUUGUUAGAUAUAAGGAUUUGUUAACAGAUAAGGGGGAAUUGAAAGAGAAACGAGACCUGGAAGAACGGGGGAUUGAGACAGAUUGGUAUAUGUAUAUGCAGAUAAGAACAAGAUAUGAAAAAGACACUAAGUUACAUGGUUUUUAUUUGGAAAAGACUGAGUUGGAUAGGAUACUCACAGGAAUGGAAAAAAAUUUAAUAAAAUUUUGUAAUAUUUUUUUGCUAUCUAUUGAAUUGGAGGAGAAACAGGUAAAAGAAACAAUGAUAGCUUGGGGAAGAAAUUUUGGAUAUUCAAUUGAACUUGAAAAAUGGCAACAACUAUGGGAAAGGAACUAUAAAUUAAUGAUGUCCACCGCAUAUAAGGAAAACCAAUAUAAAAUAUUUUAUAGAUGGCGUAUGCCACAGGAAAAGUUAGCAAAAAUGUUUAAAGAUAAAUCAGCGAAAUGUUGGAAAUGUCACAAACUACCAGGAUCCUAUUAUCAUAUGUGGUGGACAUGCCCUGAAGCAAAAAAUUAUUGGAAUAAAAUUAAAACCUGGCUGGAAGAAAUGACACAAUUACAUAUUGAAUUCAAACCAGAGUUGUCCUUAUUGGGUAUCCUACUUGACAAAAUUAAAAAGGAAUAUAUUUAUUUUAUUAUACACGUAAUAACAGCUGCAAGAAUUGUUUAAGCUCAAAAUUGGAAAUUAGAGAAAAUACCUUUGGAAGAUGAAGUGAUAAAAAAGAUUUUAGAUUGUGCAGAAAUGAACCAAUUAACUUCAUUGAUUAAAGACAGGGAAGAAUCAGAAUACUGUAAAAUAUGGAAUUAUUUUUAUUGUUGGUUGGAAAAGAGAUAUAAAUUAUUAAUUUUAUAACUCUGUAAAAAUUUGAUGGCAAGAAUAUGGUUAUAGGGAUGAACUUUUAUAGUGGUUUGGAUGACGAUUAAGAUUGAAGAAACUGUUGGAACAAGAAGAAUAAAAAGAACUGAAGAAGUCAACACCGAGAUAUCACAGAGGAGGGAUAAUUGAUGUAUUAAAUGUUUGUUUGUCUUAAAAA